CCCUGGUGGAAUUCGAAUUAUAAAAUUGCACUCGGAACCGAAACUUGAUCCAUCAUGAAUUCGACGUCGACCACGCAGAAAUGAAGAACAUCGCUGCUUACCUCCUCCUCCAGCUCGGUGGCAAGGCCACCCCCACCGCUGCCGACAUCACCUCGGUCCUCGAGGCCGCCGGUGCCGAGGUCGACUCGAGCAGGAUCGAGAAGUUGAUCUCCGAGCUCGAGGGCAAGGACAUCAACGAGUUGAUCGCUGAGGGUUCUUCCAAGCUCGCCUCUGUCCCUUCGGGCGGAGCUGCCCCUGCCGCUUCGUCCGGUGGAGCCGCCGCUGCCGGUGGUGCCGCCGAGCCCGCUGCCGAGGAGAAGAAGGAGGAGGCCAAGGAGGAGUCCGACGACGACAUGGGAUUCGGAUUGUUCGACUAGAUUCAGUUCUCAGUUCGCGAUCCAUCCCCCCUCAUGCUUCUGGACGAAAAGUCGGACAGUCGAAUCAGAUCUCAAGGAAGACACGCUGGUCAUUUCUUGGCCCGGCUUCUCUGUUGUUUUCAUGCUUUCAGAUGAGAUG